AAUCGCGUAGUCCAGGACUGCACACUGCAGGCCCGGGGUGGCAUCCGGCCCCCAGGUGGGUCUUGUCUGGCCGCAGAGAGCCGACUCCAGUUCUGUGCGCCCACCAUUCCCCACCGUGUUGCCCCAGAUGCUGCCUUCCCGGGUUCGUGAAGGUGCUGGAGUUUGCUGCCCCUGGCCCGGCCUGACUCUUCAUUUGCAGGGGACCUGAGCGCACGGAAGAUGUAUCUUGCCCACUGCCUGCUCCUCCUUCUGGCUGGACUACUGGUCCUGUCUCAAGGUCAGCUGCACCCUGAGCUCCAUGGCCAGCGUCACACCCACCGCCCCCAUCAGGAGGCUCCCGGCACAGCAGAGGGCUCCCCCAGCCUCAAGGUCACCGCAGGCAAUACCGCCUUUGCCCUUCGCUUCUACCACCUGUUGGCUUCCCAACCCUACGGAGACAACAUCUUCUUCUCCCCGCUGAGCAUCUCCUCUGCCUACGCCAUGCUGUCCCUGGGGGUCCGAGCACACAGCCAGACCCAGAUCCUCGAGGGUCUGGGCUUCAACCUCACGGAGGUGUCAGAAUCCGAUAUCCAUCGGGGCUUCCGGAACCUUCUGCACGCUCUCCACCUCCCGGGCGAUAGGCUGGAGAUACGCGUGGGCAGCGCCCUCUUCCUGCGCCCGGAGCUGCCGCUUCUUCCGAGCUUCCUUAACGACUCCGCGACCUUCUAUGAGUCCAAACUCUUCCGCAUGGGCUUCGAGGACACUGUGGGCACAAGCAAGUUUAUCAACGACCACGUCAGGGCGGAAACUCGUGGGAAGAUCGUGGAUUUGGUCAGCACGCUCAGCCCGGAUACCGUGAUGGUGCUGGUGAAUUUCAUGUACUUCAAAGCUCUGUGGGAGAAACCAUUCAUCCCCUCGAUGACUGCUCUCCACGACUUCUAUGUUGAUGAGGGUACAACAGUCAAGGUGCCUAUGAUGCUGCAGGAUACCCAGCACCACUGGUAUUUUCACGACAGAUACUUGCCCUGCUCGGUGCUGCGGAUGGAUUACAAAGGAAACGCAACAGCCCUUUUCAUCCUUCCUAACCGAGGGAAAAUGGAGCAGGUGGAAGAGGUUUUGACUCCAGAGAUGAUAACGAGGUGGAACAAGUUGCUCCGGAAGAGGUAUUUUUACAGGAAGCUCAAGUUAUAUAUCCCCAAGUUCUCCAUUUCUGGCUCCUAUAAAUUAGAUCAGAUUUUGCCCAGGCUGGGCAUCACGGAUCUGUUCUCGCAGAGGGCUGACUUGUCUGGCAUCACCGAACAGCUAAACCUGCAGGUGUCCAAGAGUUUCCACAAGGCCAUCCUGGAAGUGGAUGAGGUUGGCACCCAGGCUGCAGUGGCCACCGGCGGCUUUGUCACCUUUUGGUCCCGGCACAAUCACGAAGUCCUUCGGUUUAACCGGCCCUUCCUUGUGGGGAUCUUUUCCACCAACACCCAGAGCAUUCUCUUUCUGGGGAAGGUUGUCAACCCCACGAAACCAUAGCCCUCCCAGGGCUGGCCUGUCUGUUACAAGCAGGAGGGGAUGGCCUGGAGGGCUGGGUGUGGCAGCUCUGGGUUUGGAGUGGGGGACGCAGAAGGUGCUGAGGAUCUGGGGCAGAAGUUGUGGGUGAGGAUGAGGGAUGCGGGAGGUACCAGAUGGGUGUAGACUGGACAGCCAGCUCCUCAGGGCUGUGCCACCUCAGAUGGAUCAUCUAACCUCUUUAAACAGGUUUCCACCCUGGAAAGUGGAAGAAACCACCCCUACCCCCUCCCAGGGUAGCUGUACGGAUUAAACAAGAUAAUGCCUGUGAGGAGCCUGGCUCAGUGCCUUGCAUAUGGUAGUUACUCAAUAAAUGCAUCCCUUUCCUAACCCUCUGGGGUUUGCCU